AUGUGCGCCGGUCCUUCCUCACCUGGUUCCGAGCUCGGAAAAGAAAUCCUCAAAACUUUCCGCAACAACUGUCAACAAUACGUUUACGCACAACGAAUCAAGAUGUCGCUCCCGGAAUACAAACAAGCCUUUCUCAAGGACUGCGUUGAGGCAGGCGCCCUCAAGUUCGGCACGUUCACCCUCAAGUCCAAGCGCAUCUCGCCCUACUUCUUCAACGCGGGCCUGUUCCACCGUGCCGACCUCCUACGCUCCAUUUCCUCGGCAUACGCCCACACGCUAGCAUCGCACUCCAAAUCAGAUCCGUCCUUCCAGUUCGAUGUUCUCUUCGGCCCGGCCUACAAGGGCAUCCCUCUUGCCGCUGCCGCCGUCGACAAGCUCGCCGACCUAGAUAUAUCCAAGUACGGCAAGAAGAGCUACAGCUUCAACCGCAAGGAAGCAAAAGACCACGGCGAAGGCGGCAACAUUGUCGGCGCAUCGCUCAAGGGCCAGAAGAUAGUCAUUGUCGACGAUGUCAUCACCGCUGGCACCGCCAUCCGCGAGGCCAUUGACAUUAUCAAAAGGGAAGGCGGCGAGCUCGUCGGUAUCAUCGUUGCGUUUGAUCGCUUGGAGAAGACGCCGAGUGCGACUGACGACGACGGACAGCCAAGACCGAGUGCCAUUGGCGAGGUCAGGAAACAGUACGGCAUUCCCGUGCUCGCUAUUCUGACGUUGGACGACGUUGUGGAGUACUUGCGGGGCUUGGGCAGUGCUGAAGACUUGAAGCGGCUAGAUGAGUACAGGGAAAAGUACCGGGCAAGUGAUUAG